AAGAUGUGGGAUGGUUACACGAGUAAAAGGUUUCUGGAAGACGCGGCCCUAUUUUGUUUUCGUAUUAGUCAUCUAAUGAUAGAGAAAUGCCAGUGCUGUGAACCAUCUUGAGUGGUGGGAGUCGUAGUGUUUUCUUUCGAGACACCAGGAAGUGAUCAGAGACCAUAUUUGGCACUGGAAUGUCAAGUUAGACUGAAGAUGCUGAUGAUGAGCUGAGAUUUCACUUCGUUCAGUUCAGUGAUGUUGUCAUUUGCUGCCUUCGUGAUCUUAUCCAUACGAACGCCAGUGUUCUUGAGAGCUUUUCCCCCCACUGAAUCGCAUCAAUCAACGUCUUUAUUUGGAAUAACAACCCAAUAACAAGGCCGUCUGAACUGCAGUUUAUUGAAGCGAGUCACAACACUGACUGAUUGAACUCUUUCUGUGCUAAGCAGAAAAGAAAAUCAUGUCUUUCUUUGUGACGUUGGUCAGUGACAAUCUAGUGACCAUUGCCAUAUUCCUCCUGGUUCUGCUGCUGGCAAGGAGACUCCGCCCACGACCUGGACUGCCCCCUGGUCCCAGGGGUUGGCCGUUUGUUGGGAAUCUCUUCUUACUUAUGAAACCUGAUAAGAGAGAGGUGUUCAGAAAACUACGACAAAAAUAUGGGGAUCUGGUCAGUCUCUCGGUGGGUGGUCAGCCCAUUCUGCUGGUCAACGGAGUCGAUAAACUGCACGAGGUCUUUGUUGAUCACGGAAAAGAAUUUGACAAACGACCUCAGGUCUUCACCGUCUUGAAAGUGGGACAAGGCAAAGCUGUUGUGCACUCAUCAGGACAUGUGUGGAAGGAACACAGAGGGUUUGUCCUCAGCAACAUGAAAGAACUUGGAAUUGGAAAAACGACAUUCCAACAAAAUGUCGUUGAGGAAAUCAAACCGUUUUUGGACGUCCUCGACUCUACCAAAGGAGAUGAUUUCGACCCGCGUUUCUGCGUGCAAACAGCCAUGAGCAACAUCAUAUGCUCCAUCUGCUUUGGGAAAAGAUUCGAGUACGAGGAUCCCGAUUUCAAGGACAUUCUCAACAUCUUUGACGAAAACAUGAGAAUAUCUGGAAGCACCUCUAUCGUCAAUUACUUCCCUUUCCUUGAAAACUUGCCGGGAGAUCCGUUUAAGUGCGGUGCUUGUCUUGACAACGUGGACAAAAUCCAGGUGAUUCUGAAAAGAUGGAUAGAGAGGCAUAGGAAAACCUUGGACCCAUCCAAACCACGUGAUAUCAUCGACAGAUACAUCCUAGAGCUGGAAACCAAGCGGAAGACCGGCGAAGCCACAACCAUGGACGAAACUCAACUGCUAAAACUUGUUGGUGACCUAUUCGUCGGGGGAACGGAAACAACCGCCACCACAUUACGAUGGGCCCUUUUAUUUCUUGUCCGACAUCCUGAAAUGCAGCAGAGAAUCUACGAGGAAGUCAUCAGUACGUUAAAAGGCCGCACUCAACUAUCUAUCCUGGAUAAGAAAGGCAUGCCAUUUACAAGUGCUGCUAUACUGGAAAUCCAAAGACUGGGGGACAUUGCUCCGUUCGUUCUUCCUCAUUCGAAUUUCGAGGAAGUAACUUUAGGAAAAUAUACCAUUCCAGCUGGUUGUGUCGUCAUUCCCAAUGUUAACUCGGUUCACCACGAUCCCGAUAUUUGGGAACACCCGUUGGAGUUUCGACCAAGCCGCUUCCUGGACAAUAACGGGAGUGUUGUGAAUCGAAAAGAAUUGAUGCCCUUUUUUAUUGGUCCACGGAUGUGCCCGGGCAAAUCUCUUGCCAAGAUGGAGGUCUUUCUUUUUCUCACGUCAAUCAUACAGCACUUCGAGAUUCUUCCAACGGACUCGGAAAGGCUUCCAGCUUUAGAAGGCCAUGUGGGAAUCACAUACGUCCCCCAUCCUCACAGCUUACGCUUUGUGAAACGCAGACAUUAAUUGUUGUAAUAGAUUGUAGUCAUAUUUCUUUUAUACCAAAGACGUCAUUAUAUUUUAUCGUCAGAGCAUGAGUAUUUGAGAAAGGCUGAAAAUACGAGAAUGAAUUAAUAGAUUACCUAAAGUACGAUUUAUGUUUUGUACAGCGUUUUGCUGCAUGGAUAGACAGGGAAUUAUAAUAACUAUUAUGAUUAU